AUGGUGGCGGCGACGGUCUUCGUGCCGUCGUCGGAGGGGGAGCACGGCCGAGGCAGUCGUGCAGACGUGAUGGACCUCGACCGGGAGGUCGUGGUCGUUGGUGAUGACACCCUGCCGCGCACCGACGUAGUCGAGCGGGCGGGGAUCCAUGGAGGCAGCGGCGACGCCGUCUUGGGGGAGGCAUCGCGGACGGCGCUGGAGGGGGCGGUUCGGACGCCGUCGAGCGAGGUGCCGCCGGUGGUGGAGCCGCAAGCCGCUCCGGCCUCCGGGCCAGCGUCGCAGCCGGAGGGGGCGCCGGCCUCAGGGGAGGCGGCCAGUGGGGGGCACGCCCUGGUGCCUCGGCCCGGGGGUCACCGGGUUGCCUGGUCGACCAGCGAGGUCUUCUUCGGGCCCCUGACCCAGGAGGAGGCGACGAUGGCCGCCGUGACCCAACGCCUGCGAGGGCGGACGGACCGGAUCCAGGCCUUCGCCCAGGCCGAGGUGGAGGCGACGCAGGAGCUAGAGCGCGCCGUGUUCCAACUCGACUCCUACCGGGUUAGCGUCUUCAACCGGCUCCUUGAGACGCACCGAUGUCUCAAGGAAAGGCUCGCCGCCAAGGAGGAGGAGCUCCGCGCCGCGGCAGCCGAGGUGUUGUCUUGGAGGACCCGGCUGAUCCGGGCCGGCUUCCACUACGACCGGCUUGUUGCCGACGCCGGUCAGCUUGGAGCCGAGGUGGAGCAGGCGAGGACAGAGGCGACGGGAGCCCGGCGGGCGCUCGACGAAGCCAGCCAACUGCAAGAGCAGCUGGCGGGCGACAAGGGUCGCCUCGAGGCCGAGGUGGAGCGCCUGAAGGCAGAGGCCGCCAAGGUCGUGGAGGCUCAGCAGGCCCUUGCCGAGGCGGACCAGCAACGCGGCAAGCUGGCCGACGACAAGGGGCAACUCGAGGACGAGGUGGAGCGCCUAAAGGCGCCGGUGGCCACGACGGAGGAGACCCGGGUUGGCGAGCAGCCGGUCGUGCAUCAACUUUAA